GCAUGGCGUAUUACCAUGCAGAAGGGCUUUUGUACACUGGCUCCUAUGACAUGACAGUCAAAGCUUGGAGGGUCUCGGAUAACAAAUGUGUUGACUCAUUUGUGGCUCAUGAAGAUCACAUUAAUGCACUGGUUGUGAACCAAGAUGAUGGGUGUGUGUUCACUUGUUCCUCUGAUGGGUCUGUUAGGGUUUGGAGGAGGAUUUAUAGAGAAAACCCUCAUAGUCUCACUGUGACAUUGAAAUUCCGACAAGUUCCUGUUAAUGCCCUCGCCUUAAGCACAUGGUUCAACCAAUGCUUCCUCUAUUCGGGUUCAUCAGAUGGUACGAUAAAUUUCUGGGAGAAGGAGAAAUUAUCUGGAAGGUUCAACCAUGGUGGAUUCUUACAAGGUCAUCGAUUCUCAGUUCUUUGCUUAGCGUCGAUAGGGAGAUUGAUAUUCAGUGGCUCAGAGGAUACGACGAUUAGGGUUUGGAGAAGAAAUGAAGAGAGUUGUUUACAUGAAUGUUUGGCAGUGUUGGAAGGGCAUAGAGGUCCAGUUAGAUGCUUGGCUGCUUGUUUGGAGAUGGAGAGAGUGGUAGUAGGGUUUCUGGUAUUUAGUGCAAGUUUGGACAAAACAUUCAAGGUCUGGAGGGUUAGAGACCCAGGUGAUGAAGGUGCUUGCUUGGAUUACACAGACCAGAGUGGGCCUGUAAUCAAUAGAAGGAUGAUGAUGGAGUAUGAUAGUAGCCCUGCAUUGUCCCCUUCUUGGGUUGAGAAGAAGCUUCAAGGCAAUUAUUAUUUUCAUUAG